ACAAUUAUUGCAUUUAAAAUACUAGGAAAAUUAUGUACGUAUGAACGGAAAAAAUUGAUCGUGUUAGAAAUAUUGAAAAGAUCUGUGGUAAGUAUACGAGUAUAUACGUUAAUUAUGAGUAAUUAAUUGUAAAUAAGUGGAUUUCGUUAGAUUCUACGACGAUCAUUGAUCGUGCCUGGAACAAGUGUGCACUGUAACGAUAUUACUUUCGAACAGAGGAGAGCAAUGACCUACUGCGCGUGGUGCACGUGUGCCGAGUGGAAACCAUGACUGCUGCCUCCAGACAGGGCAUUGGACGCCGCGUGCGG